AUGGAGCACGGACGCUGCAUUGGUGAAAGGUACCAACUCCCAAAAGCAUACUUCGGGCUGCAACAAACUAGCAACUGCCCGCAAAAAAUAUUUUCGCUUUUUUCGCUAUUUGCGUCUGAAAAAAACGCGUCGGCUGAUGCUAAUCUUCUGAACUUGUUCUUCAAGUUCGUGGAAAGCAAAAAACUGUGAGUUUGUUUCCAUUUUCUUUAACAAUUUAGUUAAUUUUGUUCUUAAAGAUGCGAGCAACAGAAGCCUAUCUUUGAACGAGUUUUGUCCAUAGUCAUGGACAUAACUCCCGAAGAGAUGGAAAACGUGACGUGCAAGACCCUCCUGAACAACGCGCGAAAAGAAUUCUUGUUUUAUAACAACACUUACGUGAGUUUCACCGUCCGCGAAAGUUAUAAGGCUGACCAAAGUUCAGGAUGCCAACCGAGAUUACUUGAAGAAGAUCUUGAAAAAAGAAGUGUUCAAUUGGGCUAUGGGGAAAGAAAUUCCGAAAGCACAGGAACUUUUCGAGAACAUGAAAGCGGAUAUCCUAAGUGAAUUUUCUGUAAGUUUUGAAACAUCCCUACAACCUCACUUCUCCAUUAAGGACAAUCACUGGACGCGCGACAAUGACGUCGUUCCCAAAUUCCUUGCUGAAAUCAGAAACUUGAAGUUAGUGAUUCCGAAUUAUUGGAACAUCACGCAACUCGUCAUCAAGUGGGAGAACCUUGAAAAGGAAUGCAACACCAACGUGUCCGGACUGGGCGAGAGUUUUGGCAAAUGGUACGUGGUUGUGUGUCAGGCCUACGCGUCUUCCGGUCUUUUGGAAGACAGUCGCAACUGGCUCAAGAGCAUCAUUCCAUCGGAGGUUUUCGAAGAGUACGAGAAAGACGAGAAGAUCAUGAUUGCUCACGGAAACGUAGGAAAUUCACUACUUAUUUGCAUCACAUGUGGUUUUUUGUUAUUUUCAGCAGGUCAUCGCAACUACACCCCUGAUCUCGUUGUCCGCAGGAACGAGCAAACACCAGUUGGUAAGAAAACUUUUUUAUAUUAAAACCACCUUAUAUCUAUUCAUUUUCAGUACGGAGGACUCGGAUUCUGGUUCCUCCGGCACAUGAUCAGGAAACUAGAUUUUGCCGCUCUAAGCCGACAACGCAAAGACAUUAGCGCUGUUCUGGGCAAGAACCAGAAGUGUGUGCUUUACUACGGCGAUUUUACCAACCAAAGGCACAAUUGGUUCCAUUUCAACAAAAACGAAACCGAUAUCGGCGUUGUCACUAACGAUGUGUAUGCGAUCGCCCGAGAGGCGACAUACGACUUGUACGCACUCGGAAAGGCUUGGCAGGCCUUACACAAGUACUUCAACGAACCUGCAAAAGAGUGUCCAGACGUUUCGUCUCCAAAUGAAAUCAUCAAGACUCCCAACCAGAUCUUCUUUAUUUCUGCGGGACUCUUGCUGUUGGACCCGGGGAACGGAGCUUCGAUACUCCAUAACAUACGACACACGAAUUUGGUAGCUGAAUCGUUCGACCCGCUCAGUUGUCAUUUCCAUUGCAGGAGAAACGUAAACCCAUGGCACGGUUUCUGUUCAAUUUAUGAAUGAUAAUAUAGUUUUUUAUUUUCUUUUCGAUAAUUGCAUUAUUUUCCUAACCUGAAUAAACAGUAAAGCAAAACAACGGAUCACUCUUCUUCUCUUUCUUUCGCUCGUCGGAGGGACCAAUUGUUUGUCAUGUUCCUCUCCGUUUUUAGAGAGUCCUGAAGUCAUUGCUUUUUUGUCUUUCUGCUCUAUCCAUACAAUUCCCAAAAUAAUUUUUGUAAAAAAAAAGAACUCAUAGACACUUUCGUAUGUACUGAUUUAUGAGAUGGCACCGAGGAGAAAGUACAAGCAUUCCAGUGAGUAACCGAAAAAAUGAAGAUUCAUAUAUAUACUAUUUGGUCUGUUUUGAAUGCCUUUCCUUUGAAGAAUUUGAGUUUCCAGACUAGUCACCUUCCUUUUUUAAAGAUUUUUGUGGAAGAAGGCGGGUCUAACCAGUCAGGAAUCCAUCGAUUUGUCAUCCGGACUCUUUCUCUCCUUCUCGCUCGAAAAUUGUCUCAGAAACAAGCGAGAAGCAUUCUGCAUCUUUACCCCUCAACUCGAUCAUGCUCUUGCUCUUUCUUCUCUUUCCAAAUAAUAUAUCCGCUGAUCCGGACGACAUUGUAAAACAUUACCUCGACAGCGAAAGGAUCAUUCUUCCUAGUUCAACUGAAGUCACUCCUUGUCAAGAUUUUUUUGCUCAUAUUGUCAACGGACACACUGCGUUUUUCUAUGAGCACGUGCAAAACGUGAUAUGUCGCUCCAACGCCAGCAAAAUUCCUGAGUCAUACUUUGGAUUACAAGAUUUUGAGAAAUGCGACGACGAAUCUUCUUCAAGUGUCAAAAAUGUGUCGGCAGAUGGACAACUUUUGCAAUAUUUCUUCAAUUCCGCGGAAGCAAAACUAUUGUGAGUUUGCAUUCUGUCGUCACUUAUACUUUUUGUUGUAGAUGCAAAGAACAGAGACCAAUUUUCGAGCUCAUGGCGACUAUUUCAAUGGUUAAUCGGUCCCAGGCACUAGACAAUCAAUAUUUGGAAGACGGAACGUGCGAGGACCGUUUGAGAGAUGCAAAAAAAGCUUUUUCCAAAGCCGACAAUAUUUAUGUGAGUUUCAUAGUCCCAAGUUGAAAUUAGAAACUUAAAAAUUACAAUUUUUGAGGAUGCCAACCGAGCUUAUCUGUUGAAAAUAUUGAAAAGAGCGAUAUUCGUUUCGCACAUGAAUCCUGAUCGAAUUUCGAAAGUAAAACAUAUGUUCAAGACAUUGAAGGACAUUGUUAUCAAAGAAUUUUACGUAAGACACAUUAAUUAUCAGAAAAAGGCAAUCUUAAUUGAUUUUUGACUUUUCAGACCCCUUACUGGAUUGAAAAUAACACUGCUGUGCCCUGGUUUUUAUUGGAGUUGAAAGAAAUGGAUCUUCAAGUUCCUAACUACGCAAUAAUCACGGAGUCGAUGGAAAAGUGGCUGAAGAUGGCAAAAUUAUGUGAAAAUACCGUGUCAGAACUUGGCGAACAGUUUGCUCCGUGGCGCCGCGUUAUUUGUGAAACAUACGGGUCUUCUGGUCUUCUUAAUGAUAUCCACAAAUGGCUCGUUGUGAACAUUCCCAGAAAAUUUCUGAAGGAAUUCGAGAAAGAUGAUGGUGUUUGGAUUGAUAGUGGAAAAGUAAGCAGAUUUUCAGUUUCAUUAUUCAGAACCAACUGGUUUUACAGAUAUUGAUUCCGCAGUCAAUAUUCUUCACAUUAGCUUCAGGCGAAACCAACUCGCAACUCGUAAGACAAGAUAUCAGCUCAAAGACUUUUUUCAUCUUUCAGUACGGUUCACUGGGUUUCUGGAUGAUCAAACAUAUGAUCCAUAAACUGGACCUGCGUUUUCUCGGAAAACAACGAGAAGACAUGGCCGACGUGUUCAAGAAGAACAAAGAGUGUGUGUUGUCCAGAACACACGAUGUUUCCGUCGUUUCCCUCGUCGUAUUCAGCUGGCGACUGCACCUAAACACUACUGAACUUGUGAUGGCGAUUGUUACCAAGGCCAGGGAGAACGCCUACGCUCUGAGAACAGCUUGGCGGGAAUUCAAAAAGCAUUCACCAAAUUCUGUGACCGCGUCUCUGAACAACACCAGAACACCGGAGCAAAUGUUCUUUUACUCGGCCGCAGCGGUGCUUUUUGGACCUCUGCACGCAAACUCGGAAAAUGGUCAUUUCACUCAUCGAGAAGUGAAUUUGAUGAUGAUCCAGAUGGCCCAAUUCGCAGAAACUUUCGAUUGUCCACGCAGGGAAAUGUUGGGCAGAACUUCCGAAUGUACACCUUAUACACCUGCAAAGAGAAUCAAUUGA